AUGAAAGAACUCCUAGAAGAAGCUGUUCGGAACUACUGCGACCUGCAGCGCGAAGCCGAGUUCCUCCGCCGGGAGGUCCGCCACCUCAACGACGGCAUCGCCGACCCUUCUCUUGAAAAACUUCGGCUGGAGCAGCGGCGGCUGCAGCAAGAUAUAGAAAGAAAGGAAGCAGCAAUAGGAAGGUGGGAGGCCUUUGCUGCUGCACUGGGGUGUAUCCUCAGCUCUAACGAAGAAAACCCAGCAACAUGUGUAAGCAACAGCAGCAGCAGCAGCAGCAGCAGCAGCAGCAGCAGCAGCGGAGACAGCUGA